AAAAAAAAAAGUCAAUCUUGGUACAUCAAAACUCGAUUGUCUAAUAAAUAUACUUAUUACUCAUUUUGAAGAAAUAAAAGUAUCGAAGCAUAUGCGGGCUCCUGGAAAGAGUAAAUAAUUCUGAUGUCUUGAUGUGUUAUAAAUAUACACUUUUACAUGUUUGCAACUCUCUCGCUAUAGAAGAAUCUCAAAUUACAGCUGAGACGGAUCCUGUUUGGUGCUCUCUUUAUUAUUCACAAGCCACAUACGUCAGAUACCCAGGAGACUAUGGUACUAUUCAUGAUAACAAUCUCAUUGAUGUCUGCCCAUAUGAAGAAGAAGAAGAAGAAGCCGCCUUUUAUAACACAAAUUUAAGACUCUUUAAAGAUCAAUGGUUAAGACUUCCAAAGUCUUAUUGAAAUGCUUAAUGACGAGAAGUUGAGAUAAUUGCUGUAGAUGAAGAAAGCAUGUUUUGCAAUAGCCAUUUUAUGAAUAAUUAAAAAAG